AUGGACCUCUUUUAUGGGAUGUCGAUGAAUGUUCACAACAACCAGUCUCUCGCAGCAUUGAAGGCUCUACCUGAAGUGGUCAAUGUCUCCCCCGUGCAGUUCAUCCCGCGACCUCUCGCUGCUAUCGAUCAUGAAAGUCACUCGAAACAUUCCUCUUCAUCGCGUUCCUCGCGGACGCUGGAAAAGAGACAGCAGGUUCCCGAGAACAACUUGGAUUACAACACCCCUCAUACCAUGACUGGAGUUCAUCAUGUGCAUGCUGCCGGCAUCAAAGGAAAAGGGGUCAAGAUUGCCGUCUUAGACUCCGGUGUCGAUUACUAUCAUCCUGCUCUCGGCGGUUGUUUCGGACCUGGGUGCAAGAUAUCGUUCGGACAUGACCUCGUGGGUGAUGACUACGACGGAUAUGACACUCCAGUCGAAGAUACGGAUCCUCUGGCUGCUUGUGUCGGAGGGGGACAUGGCAGUCACGUCUCAGGAAUCAUCACUAUGGAAUCGUCAUCCAACGAUACUUUCAAAGGAAUGGUUGGUGUCGCACCCGAAGCAACUCUAGGCAUGUACCGCGUCUUCGGCUGUUCCGGCGGCGUCGGCAGCGACGUCCUUGUUGCCGCCAUGAUGCGCGCCGCCAUCGACGGAGCCCAAAUUAUUAGCAUGUCCAUCGGUGGUUUCUCCUCUGUUGGGAACUCGCCAAAUGACCCUUACCACAUCCUGGUCCAGAAGUUAACGGACAGCGGUAUCGCCGUAGUGGCCGCCGCGGGCAAUGACGGAGCCAACCUACCCUUUGCAGUCAACGCCCCAGCGAACAGCCCUGCUGCCAUUGCAGUCGGCUCUAUCGAGAACACUCUUUUCCAAACGUUCGAGUUGGUCGAUUCUAAUGGCGAAGCAAUUCGCUACGGCAGUCUUUACCCCUUCCCCCUGAACCGUACGCUCACGGCUGUGCAUGUCGGCGAUGGGGGUGUUCAAGGCAACUUCGGAUGUCGGGCGGCGGAUUACAAUACCAUCGAGAGCAAAGUCACGGGCUCCAAGGAGGCUUACGUCAUUGUUGUUCGACGUGGACUCUGCGGUCUCUCAUUGAUUCAAGAUGUCGCAGCUACGGCAGGCUUCAACAACAUUCUUACGUACCCGGACAAGGACGUUCUUGACAACCCCUUUCUGGAGGCGUUUAGUGCUACCCUGCCGAACACUGCGCGAAACUUUGGCACGACAACAAAUAACAAGAUUCAGGUUGGGUCUCUGAAAGGGGGAUACUCUGUGACGUUUCGAACUGCUGUCCCCCAGCUUACUCAGCAAGCAUGGGGCGGCCAGAUGAACAACUUUAGCAGUCCAGGAACCGUGUGGGACUUCAGUCUUAAGCCCCAGAUCAGUGCGCCUGGCGGCCAGAUCCUGUCAACCUGGCCUCUUGCUGCAUCAGGUUGGGCGCUGGCUAGCGGAACCUCGAUGGCUACGCCGUACCUAUCCGGUGUCCUCGCACUCAUGAAGUCACGAUUCCCAGAACUUUCCGUGACGGAGAUUCUCAACCGUCUGCAGUCGACCUCAAAACCUACGAUCCGCGCCACCCGCGACGAUGUUUCGCCUCCUGUUCAUCAGGGAGCCGGCUUGGUCGAUGCCUACCAUGCAAUCUUCUACCCUUCGUUCGUCUCACCUGGCCAGUUUGACCUCGGUCCCAAUGAAGUCGUCGCCAGGUCCAGCUACUCCAUCAGCAUCGCAAACCCAUCAGACAAAGCCACACAAUACACUCUGGGUCACACCUCAGCUCCCGGCAUGGCUCGGUACCCUAUUCCGGACGUACCGGGCCAAGUGGGAUUCUUUAGCAAUAUCUAUCAACGGCUAGCCUCUCUUCCUUUUGCAGCGACUAUCAACUUCCCAGAAGGUUCGACAGUAACUCUGGGCCCGGGUGAGAGCAAGAACAUUUCUGUGGAAAUCCUACCGCCGCAGAAUCUCCGCGCUUUCAUGAUUCCUUUUUACUCAGGCUUCAUCUCCAUCUCCUCCGACCGGAACGAAAAGCUGUCUAUCCCGUACCAAGGCGCCGGGUAUAACUACACCGCCGCUCCUAGUUUGGGAACUGACCCCGUGCCGCCUUUUGUCCUCGGACCCGUAACCGAGUAUCCCGUGUUCGGAGCUCCGCAGCUAGUCACGGCCGACGGCUUCGGGAUCCAGGACUGCAUCAAGAUUGAUCCAGCCGAGCUGACCCUGUACUACGCCGGAAUGCAGCCCGUGCGGAUCGAGCGGCUGGACGUUGUCCGCGCAGACACAGACUUCAAGCCGACGUGGUAUGGAUUCAAUCAGAGUAGACCUUUGAACUACACGAAGACAGCGCACCCAGUCAACGGUACGGUCGCGGGUGCCGAGCUGUUGGGUAACCUGUACGUUAACUACAACUAUGCGCCUGUGACUAGCUUGUUUGACUCCUGGCCUUUUCCGAGGUUGUGGGACGUGGAAACUGCGUCUGUCCCUAUGCCUAUGUUGAAGGGCGGAUACAGACUGCUGAUCUCUCACUUGAAGUAUGGUGCGGAUGAGAACAAGCCUGAGGAUUGGUCUACUUGGAUGAGCGGUGUUAUCGACGUCCCGCAAGAUUACUACCAGUGA